GAAAUACCGUGGAACUCAGUCAGCCAGUGCACAUAUCAGGAAGCGACACUUCUACCUAUCAUACGUCUUUGAAACAUGUUUGUACUAGAUAUCAGACAGAAAGGUUGAACAAGUAACGCUGGUUCGAAACGCAAGUUUGGUGGCGAACAUCAAAGCCGGUGGCGCGACCUGUCGCGAUGUUGUAAACCAUGGAUUGCAGAAUAAACGAGAUUCCUGAUCGAACGUUUGAUUUGGUACUACAGGUUGCAUGCCCAACAUCUGAAAAUGAAGAUCCUGCCGUGCUGUGGAGCUUCCCCCAGGACUACACAGACCAGGAGGUUCUUCAGACGGUGCCCAAAUUCUGCUUCCCGUUCGAUGUGGAGAGGGUUUCCCCUAGCCAGCUGGGCCAGAACUUUACCUUUGUGCUGACGGACAUCCAGAGCAAACAGAGGUUUGGCUUCUGCAGACUCACCUCUGGCUGCCGCGUCUGCAUCUGUCUGCUCAGUUAUCUCCCCUGGUUUGAGAUCUACUACAAGCUCCUGAAUACCCUAGCAGAUUACCUUACCAAAAACCAGGACAAUGAGCUGAAUGACAUGCUGAACUCGCUGUAUGGCCUACCGGUGCCAAAGCCCUUCACCCCCGUCAACCUGAGUGUGACCGCUCUGUUGCAUAUAGCCACUGGGCAAGUAUUGAGAGAUUCACCCAACCAGCAGCCGCACACCUACUUCAUUGCCCCAGAUAUCAAUGGCCUGCCCACCAUCCCUGAGAGUAGGAACCUGACGGAGUAUUUCGUGGCGGUGGACGUCAACAACAUGCUGCAGCUUUACGCCAGCAUGCUGCACGAGCGACGCAUCAUCAUCACCUCCAGCAAGCUGAGCACGUUAACGGCAUGCGUCCAUGGCUCGGCCUCCAUGCUGUUCCCCAUGUACUGGCAACACAUUUACAUCCCUGUGCUGCCUCCACAUCUGCUGGACUACUGCUGUGCCCCGAUGCCUUAUCUGGUGGGAGUUCAUUUCAGUCUUCUGGAGAGAGUGCGUAGCAGAUCACUAGAGGACGUGGUGAUUCUGAAUGUGGACACAAACACACUGGAGAGUGCACAGGAUGACUUGCAGGACCUUCCCAGCGAAGUGGUCCACUCUCUAAAGAGUAAGCUGAAGAAGCAGUCAACAGCAACAGGAAGCGGAGUAGCGAGGGCCUUCCUCAGGGCUCAGGCUGCUCUCUUUGGAUCCUACCGCGAUGCCCUGAGAUACAAACCUGGGGAACCAAUUACAUUCUGUGAAGAGAGCUUUGUGGCUCAUCGUUCCAGCACCUUGAGAAACUUCCUGGAGAUGGCAGUCAACCUGCAGCUCUUCAAACAGUUCAUUGACGGCCGGCUGGCCAAGCUGAACGCGGGUCGAGGCUUCACUGACCUGUUUGAAGAGGAGAUCACUGAGGGAGGCUUCUGUGGAAGUAAUUCCAGGUCUUAUCAGCAGUGGGUGUAUACUGUCAAGAGAGGCGGAGCGCUGAUCAACACUGCGGUGACGAAGGCCAAGAGUCAUGCCAAGAGGGGCAUUCGCAGGCUAAAACAAAGGGAAGAGGAAGAGGAUGGUCCGUUCUGUUCAGGGUCUCCCACCAGCACCAAGAGUCUGUCGCCACGGAGAUUGCAGAAGAGGAGACGGCAGUAUUACACCAAGUCGCCCAUGGGAUGUCCCGACUUCGCCGUUGACGACGAUGAACUGGACACCGCCAGCAAGAUCUCAUCUGAGGACAGUGGAGAGGUGGCAUCCUACACCGAGGACAGUGAUGACUCCUAUUCACUGGAGUUGGACACGGACUCCUCCCUGACAGGCCAGAUGAACCUGUUAGAGGAGAUCCUGGACUCUCUCAGCGGCACCACCACAGAACAGGGCAAACUCAGCGGCGCCAAGAGCCUGGACUUCUUCAGAUCUAUGGACGACAUAGAAUACAAGGCGCCGAACAAGUCCAACCCCCCCAGUGAGAACAACCUGUCCCAGCUGUGCGCCAGUGGCAGCGGCACCGAGGGAUUAGGUGGGGGAGACCAACUGGGUGGGGGCUGGCAGGAUGACAGUGCCCUUCACCGGAAGCACCUUCCCCCCUCCCCUCGUAGACAGCCCAGCAAGAGCAGCCUCAAGCUGCCGAAGCAAGACGUCCACCCGGCCUCUCCGUCCGGCUCCACUCCAACCCUGGCCCAGAACCUCCCAGUCCCUCGCGUCCAGUCCCAGGCUCCUCAGACUGAUGUCCAGGCCAAACCUCAUGUCCUUCACGCCAGUCCGCUUAUUUGUCUGUCUCAGCCCUGUCCGGAGGAACCUUCGCUUCCCACCCCCCCGUCGCCACGCCCGGGAGACCACCAUCUUUCUCCAGCACCGAGCUCUGCAUGCAACCCUCUACCAGCAUCGAUGACUCGCGCCAGAGCCUCCACAGAUCCACAGCCACAGAGCCCUGAGUCUGAGGGCAAACCCCAGGCCACCUCCAGCGUCUUACGGAGGAAGGUGUUGUCCAAGGAGACGAUGAGGCAAUACCAGGUGAAGGCCCUACAGGGUCAGGGCAGUCAGAACGAGGACAGCCUUGAGGUCGGGGUAAAAGCUCGGCAGCCCUCUGUUAUGGUCGCCUGGGAGAGAGAGAGCCCAGAGCAGAGGAGGCAGGAACAGGGAAUCGACCAGGAGCGGGUCGUGGUCUUGGGGUCAGGGGUCCAGGAGAAAGGCCUUCUGGAGGAGAUUGAGUCCAUGUGUCGUCUCAGCUCUGCCUUUGAAAGCAGCCUACAGCUGUCCCAGGUGCACAACAACAACACACAUAACACUCACGCUAAUAACCACAAACAAGCCAAAGACUAGUCUUGGGACAGACGAGAACAGGGGCAAAGCCACAGACUAAUCCUGGGACAGACGAAGACAGGGGCAAAGCCACAGACUAGUCCUGGGACAGACGAGGACAGGGCCAAAGCCACAGACUAGUACUGGGACAGACGAGGACAGGGGCAAAGCCACAGACUAGUCCUGGGACAGACGAGGACAGGGGCAAAGCCACAGACUAGUCCUGGGACAGACGAGGACUGGGCCAAAGCCACAGACUAGUCCUGGGAUGGAUGAGGAUGUGGCAAAGCCAGACUAGUCCUGGGAUGGACGAGGGCAGGGACAAAGACAGACUAGUUCUGGGACAGAUGGAUGUAUGACAACCGAAGCUAGAAGUUGCACAUAACCAUAGGUGUAAGUUCAGACUGCCCAAUACUUUACCAUUGGGGGAGCAAUACAACAACUGUCCUUAUGUCAGCAUCCAGGAGCAACAAAAACCUAUAAGAAAUGUCAGUGAGACCGCCUAGCUGAUAAGACACCGUGUGAAUGAUCGUCCUGAUGGGGCUCAGUCGUGUCUUGUUGUCUGUGGGGUUGUUUUUGUCCCCAUAAGUUUAGUGGCUUGCGUUAAAGACCGGUGAACUGGGUUGUUUUUCCUAUGUCCUAAAAACUAUCAUAAUAAUAAGGGGAAACAAAAACGUGUAAUUGAAACAAAGGAAAAUCGGAGGUGGAUUUGCACACAAAAGGGUACCGAUUAACCUCUGUUACAUGGUACUAACAGAUCAAUGUUUAUUAACAGAGAUCCAAAUGACUCCGGUCUGGAUGUACGCCUAUUGUGAAGGUAACUCUUAACAUACGAAGUCCUACCACAAUGCCUUAAAUAGAUGUGGGAUAUGCUUUCGGCACAGCUCAGUCUUCAGAUAUAUAUUUUGCUGAAAGCAUUUGAUCUUCUUAGAUUAUUAUCUAUUAUUAUUAUAAUUAUUAUCAGCUGAAUGUGGAGCAAUGGUCAGCUUUCUAAUAACGCAUAUUGAUAGUAAAUUUAGUUCAGGCCAUACAAGCUUAAUGAACUGUUUUGUAUGUUGCUGUUUGUUUUUUUUAAGAGGAGGGGGAGGUUGAAGUUGUGUCUCUAUGCUUUUCAGAUUGCUAUUCAGCAUUUUAAUGUAAUUUUUUUGUACAGCAAUGUGAACUGGGCAUUGGUUAAGUCAACUUUGUAUGGCCUUAACAUAUGUUGCACUUAGAAAGAUGCUCUAUUUAGUUUCAUUUUAAUAGAAACAUCUGGAAUAUGUAUUUUUCUCAAGUGUUGGUUUCUCAGGAUGCUCCCGUCUGUUAGGAAAGAAAGGACAGAAGGAGAUGUUUCAAUCCAGAUUGUAUUAACAAAAAGAGAAUACUAUCCAUUUUGUUCUCUCUUCAUUUUUUGUUUCUCUCAUGAUCUGUCUUUAUUUCUCUCUCAUCUCUUUCACCUCCUUUCCCCAUCUUCAAUUAUUUUUGUCUCCAUCUGCCCCUUAAUUCACUUUGACACACCUUCAUCAUCACCAUUUCACAAAGGAUCACUCCAUCUUAACAUCACUUCCUCUUUUCUCUUUCUUCCCCUUGUUUCUGUAGCUGGCAGUUAAAAUGGAGGUCGGUGGAAUGAGUGCUUUAGUAGGAAGACUGUGAGAGAAGUUUUAUGUACUGUAUAUCCAAUGUAGUGUAUCAUUUCUGCAACACUGAGAGGUGAUGCUACAUCAAAAGCUCCUGGUGACUGUGGAACAGUAAAAGAGCAAUACAGCUCUCCUUAAAGAAUCUACCAUGGAGAAAAGGCAAGCCCUGUGAGUAAUAUCCAGAUCCGAUGGCCACUCACGAUUAUGGUGCAGACAACAUAAGGUUUUUUACAGUGCUUGUUAGUGGUUAUGUAAAUGAUGUGUUCUGUCUGUUUGUUCUAAUGAUUUAUGUUGCAUGCUGUUGGGUGUUAAGGUUAAACACUAGCCCUCACUCUGCCCUGACCGCUAGGCCGCAAUGAGAUCUUAAAUGAAACUCCGAGAGGCCCUCUCUUCAGCUAUUAAGUUUGAUUUUUCAUCAGGCCUGUUUUGUGUUUCGCACCAACCAUGUUUUUUUUUUUUUUUUUCAGCAGUUCUGAAGUUGUAAAACUGUUUACUAUGCAAAAAUUCAGAACAUCAUUGAUUUACCACUAAUCACGAAUUGUAACAAGAUCAGGUAAUUCAUCAUCAUAUGUGAAUACAUACAUCUCUGUAAUUUGGCUGAAAUUUGGGUGGUGUAUGAAACAGAUGGUUGUGCCUUAUGUGUUUUACUAGUGUGGUUAACACAAGGUAUUCUGGAUAAAGAGUGGCUUAAACAUUUUGAAUUGAUAUUUUUAAUAUACAGUAUGCAAAGAGACCUAGAGAACCAAUGGUCCAGUCUGUGUAUGGAGGUACUGAGAAUAAACCUUGAUAUGGUGCUCAGUUCUUAUAGAGAUUAGACGUACAUUAAAUCAGAUGCAUGAAACUACACUUGGUCUUUACAUUUUUCUUUGUAGCACUAUAAGUUCGUUGAACAUUUCCACCCGGUUUUCAGGCGAAAGUGUGGUGAAUGUUACUGUACAGUAAGUGCUAGAAAAUGUAACGCUUCCAGUAGUAAUACCACUCAAUUUGUUAUAAUGACUGACUGAAGCAGGGAAAUUAGGAACAUUUGAUUUAUUUCUUAUAUCUUUCUUUUAAAAUGUUUUUAUGUUUUAAAAUAAGGUUUCUGAAGGAUCUUUUAGGGGUUCUUCAAAUUUGAACUAUGGGGGAACUCCUGAAAGUUAUAUGAAAAACCCUUUGAAAUUGUUCUUCAAAAAAACCCUUCUUAAUGGUUCCACAAAGAUCCUCUUGAGUAACCUUUAAGUUUGACCAUUGAGGGUGGUUCUUCAUCAAGAAGGGUGGUUCUUCAUCAAACACUAUUAAAGGGCGUUCUUUGAUAUAUCUGUUUACAUGUUCCCCUUGAAAACUUUCCACACUUUCAUGAAGAACUCUGAAAGGAUCGUCAGAGACCCCUUUCUUUUAAGAAUAUAUAAUCUGGGCACAACCUAAGUAUAUCUUUUGACAAAUCAUAAAAUUUUGUCUAUGAUCAAAUUACCAUUUAUAAAUGUUUCUUAAAAAAAGUUGUAUUCAUUAGGUGUUACGUUGGACCCGAGCUACUGUGACAGUUGCCCCUGGCCUGUCGGUUUGAAUUAAAAUGAUCAUUGUGUUUUAUGUUCAAACAUAUGUAUAAAUGAUUAGGAAACUGACGUGACCAAACAUGACUGGCCUGGUUCUAGUGGUCUCUGCACAAUAGUUGCAAUGGCCCCUGCUCUCCCCUUGUUAUAAUGCAUUUCCAGGUUAAUUUCCAAUUUUAGUGACUAAAUAUGAUUUAUUUAGUUUACAUGGAGAAUAUGUAACUUAUCAUCUAUUCUAAAUGAUUGAUGUAACAACAACAACUAAGAUUUGAAUGUACUAUAUUUAAAAAAAAAUGUAUUCCCUUCAUUAAUUAGGAUAAAGGAAAGUCUGGACAAAACACAACUUUUUUCAGCUUGUGGUAUGCAUGUACAAUAGCAUAUGAAUGUUAGCAUUUUAGUCCAUUCCUCUAGUUCUAUUUUUUUUUUUCUUUCAGAUAUUGGCUAAUCUUAUUUGGUUGUUGUAUUUGUUUGUUACUCAGAUCAAAAGUAAAAUGCAGUGUCAGCUUGUGUUGUAGGCUAUUGUCUAGUUUUCACACUUGCCUUGCAAACUGUUGAAAUACUGUAUUUGGUAGUUUUUUUUUCAUUUCGAACUUAAUUUAUUUAAAGUAACUGCUGUAUUUAGUGUAACUGCGAUGGAUUUAUGUUUUACUUGAGCAAUUACAUACUAACACUUGCAAUAGCUUGGAAUCCUUGUAGGUUGAGUAUCUGUUUUCUGAAAAGCUGGUGUCUUUCUGACUGAAUGUCUCUUCACUGUCUCACUACUUACUGACUGAUGCAGGAAAAAGGAGGGUGAAAACUUCAUGCUUCCAUUCACUUUCUGAAAUGCCACAGUUGCAUUUCCCUUUUUGCUAAUACUCAUGUGAUAUUAAAGAUCAAAACCACGGAUUGUCAGGAAACUAAGAGGCAGAUCACUUGUCUCUAAACAUUCAUUCACUGCAGUAACAACACUGGUACUGUUGACACGGUUCAUAGUCAUUCACCUUUUCCACUGGUCCCUAGACUUGGUAUUGUAAUAAAUUCAGUACGACAUUCAGGACCUACCAGUGUCUAGUGUGCAAGAAAAGAAUUGUCUUGUGUGACAACAUAAAGGUCAGUCUAACUGCGGCCACACCUAGAGCAUCCUUGCACAUUGUCAGCAUACAGCAUCUAGGUAUGUGUGCACUUCUCUUGUACCAUUUCCAUGAACGCCUACAGUUGGUUACAAUCUGUAUAACGCUGCUUUAGGUGUGAUCAAGCAUAGCACCCUUUGGAUGGAAUGAUAAACGGUAUGCACUGUGGAUGUACGAAUAAAUUAUUUUCAUGUUCAAGCUA